AUGAUUGAUCAACUCCCCGCCGAAAUAAUCCAUCAGAUCCUAUCCCACCUCUCCGCGCGAGAUCUCGCCCGUGUGUCUAGAACAUGCCGCACAUUCGCUGAGCAUGCCUCCAACGACCGCCUCUGGGCCAGCCUGAUCAACUCACAUCUUCCUUUCCCCAUCCAUGAUCCGGGGCCUUUCGAAUCUUUCCAUCGACUAUACCUUGCCCAUCUCCCCUACUGGUUUAUCCCUCAAAAUAAGAUCUGGUUUGCGGACACCGAAGCACACGGGUGUUUAAUCCUAGCUCGAUAUGACAAUCGGCGAGGCGUGAUAGAGGCAUACCGAGUCAUCGCAGACCGACGCACACCAAAGUUCCAUAUCUGGGAGGCCAAUCCGGACGUCAUGAUUCAGACGUUUGAUCCCAAGAUCAGCCUGUGGCUGGAUGACCCGGUCCUUCUCCUCAAGGACCAGGAGCCAUCUAAUCCCAUCGCUGAUUGUCAGACGUGGAAUCCUGAUCGCCGGAUGCCCAUGGCGGCUGAAUCCCAGCAUGUUUUCAGCUCCCUGGUGCUCUGCCCCCGAGAGCUCCCGGAUAACGAAGUCAUCACCGACGCCAGGCUCUGGCCACCCCAGAUCAUUCCGAGUACGAAUCGAAUAUUUAGGAACACAUCGUCCAAAAAUAUGUUGCUGCCGAAGUGUGCAUCUGAUGCGUCCUCGUCAGGGUUCCGCAUUAAGCGGUGGGCCAAUUUUCGACUUCGCAUGACGCCAACUGAUAACGAAGCAAUGUCCAAUUAUACGACCAUCGACCCAGAAUGGUAUAUUCCCACGAAGGAGAAGCCCUACCAAGGCAUCUGGGUUGGCGAUUACUCUGCUCAUGGAUGCGAGUUUCUUCUUAUAUACCAAGUCGACUUGGACUCUGAGGCGGGUUCUGCAACCGCAACGCCUGCAUCUGCUGACAAUGAGGAUAUCGAUGGGAAUCGUGAAGAAACCACCCAGAAAGGUAGCCUAAGGGCAGUCAAGCUGACCGGAGACCCGAAUGUUCCUCGCGGCGAAAUCACAUUUAUCGCCGAGGAUAUUGGGCCCAAGGGACUCGUGCGCGUGGCAGAUGAAGAGCCGUUUGAAGGGGCUCGUAUAGUGCAGUGCAUGGGGCAUGUAGCAGGCCUCGGAUUCCGCGACGAUACAUACAUCGCGUCCCAACUCAUCCUUGUCUCCACGGAUUACAUAGCACAUUACUGGGAGGAGAUGGGGCACAUCUCCUACUUCCGUCGCGUGAAUAUUGACGAGCUCUUACAGACAUAG